GUUUUGUGCUGAGUGAGGUUACAAUGGGUCCGUGGGAUGACAAGGACGGGCAGGACAACAUGGCGUCAGCGCCACCCGCCUCCUGUAUCAGCGCGGAACAUGGCUGUGUCAUGUUUGACUGCCUCUCUCAUCUGUGGGAAUGGCUUGAUCCACCGAUAUCCCAGUCCCAGUUCCCGAUGGAGAACAAAAAGACAGCGCCGGCGACGCAACAGCCGCUCACCCAGCAACAUAUCAUGGCACACCAUGUCCAUCCCGAUCAGAUAUAUUCUUCACAAUACACUCAAAUUCCAACACAUGCCGCCACUCAAACCAAUCAAAUACAACCAAAUGGUGUCAUGCACCAACUCUUACAGAGUCAAUAUCAAUCGAACAUGAACGCUAGAUCUCCGCUUUUAGAAAAUAGACACGAAUUAUACGGCACUGGGCAUAAUCGAGAAUACGCGAGGCAUUACGGCGCAAAUGAUAACUAUAAUUAUCCACAGUCCCCACCCGGACAAGAGAGAACUGAAAUUCACAUCGACCAAAAUGUCAAUCACGAUAUCCUUCACAAUAUCCCCAAAGGAUACAACGCUGAAGUCUAUCAAGAUUAUUUGAAACGUAACCCACCGAAAGAUACCAAUCAAAUAUACCAAAAUCAUCAACCGACUUACAGGCCUAAUGCUAAUCAAUACGGUUCAAAACCGUAUUUACCUUAUUCGAGUAGAAUUGGACCACAGAGUAACACAGAACUGUUGAGAAGACAGUAUAAUGAAAUACAACAAAUGAAAAUGCAACAACAGUUACAUUAUCAAAAUCAAGCUCAGAUGCAUCAACAACAAAAAUUCGCUGAACGGCAACUUCUUCUACAACAGAUACAUGGAGUACAACCGCCACCGAAUUUACAGAAUAGCAUAUAUUCAGAUGGUUCGUACAGAGAUUUAGAUCGGUACAGUAGUAAAAAUGACUUUAAAGAUUAUGAACUACAAAAAGAUAUGGAGGCAUAUGCUAAGAACAAUGAAAUGCGCGAAUCUGACAAGCAAAUGAGACAAUACCACGAUGCACAAUGGCAGGCUAAUCAGCCGUCUGAUUUUCGAGAAGCAGAAAGAUAUAGAAAACCCGAAGAUGACAAAGCGAAGAGUCAAUCCCCACCUUCCGAUUAUAAUAACCAAACACAAAGAAAUAAUGUAAGCGUAGUUUCGCCAAUGAAAUCUAGUGAAUCCAGUACUCCUAGUGUGAAAUCACCGUCUUCUGAAAGUCGAAGAAGCAGCAGUGGUAACCAAGCGCUACGAUCUCCAAUCGCGCAAAGGAUUCCUUCUGCCCCUGUUGCGAUGUCUGGAAUUUUGUACAAGCAGGGUUCGGAUGGACUUAAAGUUUGGAGAAAACGAUGGUUCGUUUUGUCUGAGUACUGCUUAUUCUAUUACAAAAGUCACGACGAAGAAAAAUUAUUAGGUUCUGUUUUGCUUCCUUCUUAUAAAGUGUCUGCUUGCACUGCCGAGGACAAAGUUAUGAGAAAAUUUGCAUUUAAAUUGGAACACGCAAAUAUGAGGACGUAUAUACUGGCAGCUUUGGAUCAGGAGGCCAUGACAAAAUGGGUAAAGGCAUUGACAAUGGCUGCUCUUAUGCAAAAUUUCAUUGAUCAACCACAGAAGCAAAGUGAUCGAAUGGUUGCUAAAAAUGAAGAUGACGAAGAUGCAGGUCCUACGUAUGCAAAUGCCCCGCCUAAACCGAGAAGAUCUAACGAUGGCUACAAUUCACCCAGUCCGGAUAUGUACGAUCCUAACUAUGAUUUACUUAAAAAGCCAGCAUCACACUAUAGCCAAGGCACUAACAACACUCGCUAUCAGGAUCAUACUAAUUACCCAAGCAGCCCAAUGCAAGAUGCUGCAUACACACGCUCUCCACAGUCACCACCGGUUCAGCAGCAACCUCAAUACCAAACAAAACGAUCAUACGAUACUCAUAACCUUUCUUUGCCAUUGACAAAUACAAUAACGGAAAGACUCGAAAGCAAUCAGUACGGUUCAUCGUCCAUGUAUCGAUCUAAUCCACAAUCUCCUUAUUUUGAUAAUAGGAAUAGAAAUCAGCAACCGCAACAGCAACCUAUCCAUGACCCAAAGGCAAAUAAUGACGCUAACAUAUAUGAACAACGAAUGCAACGGAAUCCAUUCUUACAAGACAAUGAACAAAUUGAAACACCUAGGGAUAGAGAAUCCCAAAUGAAGAAUAACCAAUCAAUGACAGAAGAAAAUCGUCAAAGUCAAGAAUCUACACCUAACGCAUCUAACACUUACAAUAAAGAUGUAUAUGGGGAACUUAAUAGACCUAGCAGGUCUGGUAGCAGUGUUAACGAAAGAUUAAUAGAAAGAAGAACGCCUGACGCUUAUGGACGAGCAGCCUCGGUAGCUUACAACAAGGAAAAAGUUGAGGAUUAUGAAGAUAUCUACGGAAAUGAAAAUGAAUACGGAAAAACCUACGCAAAGUCACCUAAGCAACAUCAAGCACGGGAUAAUGUCAGCAUAUCUAGUCACAAGCAAGCACAAGACCAAGUUCCCAAUUAUCCGCAAGAGAAGACUUUUAGCGGACCGGCAGUUUUAAGAAGAAAAAAGAUGCAGGCAAGCGGAAUCCAGCCUCCGAUGCCACGACCUCACAGCGCAGAUUUCCUUGAAUACGAAUCUAAAAAUGAGGUCUUAAAUAAAACGGUCCCGACGAGGACAGUUACUGAUCCUCCUCGGCAGCCGCAGCGACCUAAAUCUAGCCUCGAUAUCAAUUCAUACUACGACCCCAGUUCCGACAGGUAUUACUCGGAAGAAAGCUACGCGGAAAAAAUGCGACAGUCCGCACAAUAUUUGCAGCAACAGGCUAUGGGGUCGCGCAACAUUCAAAUUCCAUUAGCCAAAUAUGCUAGUGGAUUAGCUGAGAAACAGCUGAGUUCGGCCUAUUCCCAGAUUACCAAUAAUAAUUACGAACCUGACACUGGAAUCAAUAGAAGCAGUCGUGAUAAUGUAAGUUAUAAUUCAAAGUAUAGUGAUAUCGAAGGUUUGAAUUCUAAUUGGACGUUGAAAGAAAAAGAAAGUCAAAAGGAUUAUCUGAAUAGAAGUGGCAGCGUUAUGAGUGACAGUUCCAAUGUAAGUGGUUAUGUAAAGGACGUUAAUAGAUUCGAUCCCACCGCGGAUGGGUUCAUGAGAUCCGCAAGUGCGCGUUUACCCUCGACCACAGAGAAAGAAGGCGAAAAGAAAAUACAACAGCGCGAAGAAUCUAUGAAACGGCUUCUUGAAUGGAAGCAAAGGAUGUUACAAAGUCCAUUGACAAGAAAAAGUACACCGGCUACUAUUUCUCUUGCUCGUUCUCUUAACCAUAGCAGACAGUCAUUGAGAUCAGAUCAAUUUAAGCCCAAAACAUACACAAAUGCAUCAUACAACAGUUAUUCUUCAGACGACGAAGAGGAAACAACGGGCACUGAUCUGCAAAUACCGAGAGAUACGCAGGCAGGAAGGUCCCAUAAACAGAACAUAAGCCCCAUUGUAAUGCGACCAGAUACACAUGCGCCCUUCGUCGCUCAGCCUACAUCAAAUAUCCUUACUGAAGUUAACAAAGAUAAAAAUGAUGAAAAUACUUACGAAAACAUUAAUUGUUCAGUCAAAAAUAAUUUUGACUGCGAUAUAGCUAGGGAGAAAAGUGAUGUGCAGAAUUGUGAGACAGCGAGCCCUGAAAACGCAAAUGAAGUUGAUAAUAAUAGUGGUUAUGAGACACAUGACAGUGAAUCGGAAUCAGAAACACAUAUUGAAUAUACAGAUAACGAUCUAGACGAAGUUUUAUUAGCAUCUGACAACGACAGCAAAAUUGUUGAGGAUUUGGUUUUAAAAACUUUGCAAAAAACAGAUGAUGGAAAUGAUGUUGAACAACAGGCAACAGAAAAAUCUGAUACACCUCCCGUCCGCCCUAUAGGCGAGGAACAUUAUCUUCCUAUGAGUCCACGUAAGACUUCCACGUUGGAGCCUCCUCAUAAAACAAUACUUCAGAAUCUAAGUGUGUUUGAUGACACUAUGCCUCAACAUUACGAAGAUAAUCCGUACGUUGAAAUGAAUUUAGGCAACGAGGAAGAUGAUAUGCAAACUUAUGAAAUUGUCUGUGUGAACAACGGUAAAGUGGAGCCUGUUUAUAUGGAAGUAAAAAAUGGAACGAUUGAAGAAAAUGAAUCAGAAAGUGUCACUCUUAGAGAUAAAUCUAUUUCAGAUACGGCUUCGAACUUUGCUGAUACAAAGCAACAAACACUAAAAAGAGUUUCCAAAGGCGACAAAACGAAAGAAAGAUCUGAUUGCUCUGAUGCAGAUGAUGAAUCGUCAAGAGAUUUUUCCCUCGAUACACCUUUUAAUAGAAUGAGCAUUUCAGACACCUUCAGACCGGCAUCGUACUAUCUUAGUGAUAGUAAAACUACAUUACAUCUACAAGAUAGCUCUGAUAGCGAAGUAUAUCCUCCACCACCAAUCCCUAGUUCAUCGCCACCUUGCGAAGAACUUUCCGGUGAAGCGUUAUCCAGAUACAUUUUAGAUAAAUUGGAUAAAUCGGAUAUACCACAGGACAGUUCAAUUUUGAAAAUGUUGACUAGUGAAAAUCAGAAAAAGAUUAAUGCUAAAAGAAAAACAACGUCAUUAAUGAUAUACGGUAGUCGUACUUCAAUUCACGACACACUCACAAGAGGGGAAAAAAUACGUAACAGUAGGGCUAGUUUGGUAAAUGAAAAACAAAAUUUUAAAGAAGGACCUUCCACUUUCCACAAUAAUUUAAUCUUCGAAAAAAAUCCUUGUUGUGGUUUAGAUAACGACUCUGUGCGUAAUAUCUUUAAUGCUGAUAGAGGGUCGUCGAGAUUGUCCUUGGAAUCUGAUGUAAGCAGUAAAUUCGAUAUAACACCUUCAAAUAUCUCCUCUGAAGUUACAAGUCUUGGAAGUGAUUCAAUGAUGGAUUUGAAUAAUAGCAGUCAAAGAGACAUAGAAAAUAUGAUUAAAAGACGACCUCUUUCCGACGAUUCACUUUUUGAGUUAACUUCAUCUCAACUUUACCAAAACCAUGAUCUCAUUUCCAAUGCUGACCUUGACAAAUAUUUAGAAAAUUUACAACCCUGUUCUAGCAAUGUUGGUGAAAAUAGUUAUGAAAAUACAAGCUUUGUCAGAGAUUCAACACGCGAUGAUGUAGUUCAUAGUGAUGAUGCCCUACCAACGCAGUCAUUCACAGUAGCACACCAACGUAGUUCCAGUACGCCUGUGAGGAACGGUAAUGCUGCGGAUGAUAAAGUAGAUAUUGGUAUUCAAUACAGAAUUCUUGAACAACACGUCUCGGGUUAUGUAGGAUCUCAAAGUUCUUGUAGUUCUGUUGGUAUCACUAAAUCUCCAAUAUCAUUUUACUGCAAGAACACUGAUGAAGGGACUUUAAUAAGAAAAAACUUAAAUAAAAAUUCUACGGCUAAUAAGAUAAAGGAAUUCGAAAACGAGAAAUUGGCGCCUAAACCAGAAAUUGACACGAAUGCUUCUUCAACAACCACAGGCUUUCACAGUAGAGAAAGUUCUACAGAACACAGUGCACCUUACUAUUAUUCUGAUCUUUCUUCGCAAGAGCAUAUUAAUGUAUUACCUACUUCUCAUUUCUUGAAAAAUACUAACCUUCACCGUAAACUUAAUAAUCAAAGACGAAGAGGUCCUUUACAUAAGAAAAAUGAAAUAUCACAUAUACACAAUCCAAUUCGUAACAAUCACGUUCUGAUGUCUGACCGUUCUUUUGAAUUAGCUUCGUCGGCGAGAAGCGUUUCGGUAGAAUUUUUGAGUGCAGCUGACAAGGACUCCGAUAUUGAUAUGAAAAAUAUAUACGAAUCUACCGGUGGUAAAAGUUCUAAGAUUCCUGAGUCGAUGAAUUUAAUAUCGAGUCUAGGUUGCAAGAGCUCUAGCCAAAGAAGGAUUGAUGAUAGUCAAUCAACAGACCUUAGUAUACUGAAUAAUGCCUCUAUGAACACAAGUUCAAUACAGUUAUCGUCAGCUAGUAUGUCGUCACACUGUAGUGGAAAUUCAUCUAAUACUGUUUAUUAUGAUGCCGAAGCGGAUGCUGGUGCAUACGAAAACGUUUUAUGCCAAGGAGAGAAACAUUGGGAUGAAGAUUCUCUGUGGAGAGAUAAUUUAAGGCGGGUCUCACACCGACACGCUCGGUCUAUGGACGACUUGGAUACGGUUCAAGUGGAAACAGAACCUAAUCGUAUAGGAUCGGAUGCGUGUUGUAUGCAUAGUAUUAAACGUAUUAAGAAAUGUUCACCCAGCAAAAUAAAUCGAAACGUAACAUAUGUAAAUUGUAAUAUACAAGAACAGGUGCAACGACGUAAAGACGUUAAUUUAGAUACAAAAUGUAUGUAUUCAGAAGAAGACGUUAAAGUUGAUGACAAUGAUGUUUACGUUAGUUUAGCCGAAGAUUCUGAGCAAUGCAACGAACAUUCUGAUGAAGGAGUGUAUGAACAAUUAGCGAUCGGUUCCUCUAUUUCAAGUUUACCGCCAGAAAAGGAAAGUCAAAAAUGUGUUGUAGAUUGUAAAAGUACACGAAAAAAGUUUGAAAUUGAUAGAGAAAAUUUAAGACAAUGGGACUUAAUGUCUAGUGGUUUAAUGAAAGGUCGGGCGGGAGGGGCGCAUUGUGUCGGGGUAAAUGUGGUUGUGGGCACAGUUCACACGGACACCGGGACAGACAGGUCAAGCAAUGACGAUACUUCAACGACAAUGCCCGGCACGAAUUUGGAAUCGACUAUAAAUAAUAACACACCUCAACAAACAUUGUCAAAGAAAGCUUUUCUCGGGAGCAACACUUCGAUCGGCCGAAGCAAUAGAGAUGCUAACAUACCGGUCCGCGCGGUCAGCCCUCGUGUGAGAUGGGUCGAGGAAAAGCAAUCAAAUGAUAACUUAAUACAACAGCUAUCAGCGUCGCAACAAAAUUUAAAUAAUUUAAAUGCUGGACAAGAUACAUGGGCUUUAACACGAUCACCCUCAAGGACAUUACAACAACCAAUUAGUGCAGUCAGCCCACGCGUUCGGAGAAAUGAUAAUGAUGAUUUGCAAUAUACGCCGAGUGGGCAAGAGUUGUCUGAAACGCCCACCGCUGGAGAAUUGUUGGGAAGGACUCAUGAAGAAUUGGUAUUGCUUCUCAUACAAUUGAGACGACGGCAUACAGCUACUCAUCGUUCUAUAGAGCAAUGCUGUGCACAAAUUAGUAGCAUAGAGGAUUGUCUUAGCUCCCUUAAAGCAUUAGAGCGUGAGGAGAGUCUGCAACGGUUGGAGCAGCUGAAGAAGCAGUUAAUGGAUCUGGAGUAUCAAUAUGAGAAGAGCAAGCCUCUGGUGCAGCUGGUCGACAACAUGGUGAAGCUCGGCUCACUCUACAAUAGACCUGGGUCUACUAUCGAACGCCUGGAAAGAAACCAGCGAUUACGGCAGAAGGUGCUAGCUGAACACGCACUGGAGCAACAAAGGUGGUUGGAGAGUGCGGCCGCUGGGAAGUCCUUGGAGACGGAAGCGGCGCGGUCUCGAGUCGCUGAGCUGUGGGCGCUGGAACAAGAGCUGGCGGACGAGGCGGCAAUACUGCAGGGGUUGAAGACUGAUAAAGACACCAUUGAUACUUUACUUACCGGUGUACGCAGCAAGCUAGCCAGCGCGCCGCGCGGGGCGGGUGCGGGGGGUGCGGUGGGUGCGGGGGGUGCGGCGGGUGCGGGGGGUGCGGCGGGUGUGGGGGGCGGUCUGGAGGCGGAGCUGACGCGAGUGCACGCCCUACUCGCGCACAAUUCUAAGAAAUUGGAGCAGACGGUGGCCGACAAUGCGCGGUUGGAGCGAGAACUUCAGCAGCUGCGACGUGCGCUACAGGCUCGACGUGCGAACGCGCCGCCGCAUGCGCCCGCACACACCGCGCACACCGCACACACCGCACACCCCACUGCGCUGCUCGAAGACGAGGUGUCUCGUGUGCAGCAACUAGUGUCGGCUCUGCAGCGACAGAGACAGGAGUUGUCGCGCGCGGUGCGACAUCUGACGCAGCAGUCGCGCGUCUUGCAGACAACGCACGACUCCAUGCCAGGUAAACGUCGCCCAAUAACAUGUUGGCAGGAAACGAAUUUAGAUACCGGCCAUACGAUAGACCACGGACAAUCGGAGUACGACUGGGCGCGAACUUUGCGCGCGCCCGGACAACGCGAACACGACCACGAAUUCGAGCGCGAACUCGAGCAUAGACUCGAACGUCAGUACGAACAUAGAGCCGAGCGUCAGUACGAACACAGACUUGAACAAGAGCGUGCACCUCUGUAUGUGGACACGCGGCCGUCUGCCGCAGAACUACCUCUCACUAUGCCACUCAACAGUGAUGACAUGCAACAUAAUGCUUUCAGUAAUUUAUCGAAUGUAGAGAAGCAAGAAAUAAAAACGGUUCGUAUUGUGAAACGUGAGAGCGAGAGACGUCAGAGAGAUAGAGAGAGAUCACUGCAGCCGAUGUCGGAAUGGCCAAACGCCAACAUAACGGCCAACAUCGACCAGUUCCUGGAGGAGGAACUCAUACAGCCAACAAACUAUACCCGGGCUUCUUCUGUACCACGUACUGACUACAAAUACGAUGACUACUACAAUAAACCACAAAAUGUAGAUCCGACAAAUUACUUACGUUAUAGCGAGAAAAAUAUGGAACUCAGUCCCAAAUUCCCUUCAAGUCCUUCACUUUCAAACUACGAUUAUUCACGAGACGUUUCUUCUAUGAGUAGUAGUUACAACAAAAGUUACGAAAGAUCCGGCUAUGAUAGGACCAUUUCUCUAUCCACACAAUAUUUAAACAGCCCAACUGACAGUUCCCGGACUUUGACAAACGAUCCAUUAUCAAAGACGAGUAGUAUUAUGAGUUUAACUAGAUCGAAUAUCGAAUUAUCUCCGAUAUUUAAAAGUGAAGCUGCUAAACAAAUCAUAACUGAGGUUUCCGAUGGACAUAAGAACGGAUCUUUGCACAGAAGACAGGUGCCAAAGGAGAAGAGGCGUCAUUAUACUGCACCCCAUCAUCUUAGUGCGAAGACUUUGAAUGAAAUGCCAAAAGACGUUUAUAAUCAAGAUGGCAGUCGUUCGCUGGAUGACGCGGACAUGGAGCGUGCAUUACGCGGCGCGGCGCCGGACGUUGUGCGUUCCGCGUUACCGCGCCGCGCCGAGCAAUCUAUCGACCAGCUGCUCGCCGCGCCACAGAAGAUACUCAUACCAGAGCGGUACAUACCUGAAAAGCCUCCAGAACUUUCUCCUGAGGAGCAACAAAAACGACUAGAGAAAGUUGAAUCAAUCAAGAAAAUGCUAACCGAUUCUUCUGCAGAAACUGCAAAGAGUCCUGACGGCGACGAGAAGAGGCAACGUGAACAUUUGCUCCAGAUGAACCAGAUCCUAGCCAAGCAGGUCACAGAAAUGAGCAAAAUUAUAGCCGUGAGGGCUUUAGAAGAACUGCCGUUACGAGAAAAUGGCGAGGAUUCGGACGAACUAUCGCCAGAUGUGGAGUUACCAAUUUACCAACAAAGAGAUAACUACUUCACUUGAAUUUACCCUCAAACUAUCUUGAACAUGAAAAACAUCGACAAACUUUUCGGUCAAACACGAUUGUUCAAAUAAUCAGAUAAAAACUAAGUAUGGAAUUUAAAAUAAUGUUGUGAACUUGUAAUUGAACAUCGAAAUUUACAUAUCUUUGUGUCUCAUAAAAAUAUGUGUAUUACUGUGUUUCCAUAGUUGUUGUACUUGUAAAAAAACAUAUUAGCCCCCUCAUUAUCUUUGAACAAAACACAGCGGUAAAAUCUAAUGCUUCGGCUGGAAUUUCCCGGUUACAAUUAAUUGUUGUUACGAAUAUUGUAUAUAUAUAUUUGUGAUUGAAACGACGUUUUUGUGUCAUAAAUCUA